UUUUUGGCAGCGGCUCGGCCUGCAAUGGUGGCGCUUUUGCCACAUCGUAUGGUUGUUGGUCUGUAUGUUUUUUUUUGGAUGCUGUAUUGUGGUUAUAGGAUUUUGGUUUUCUGAGACGUCGCUUUUUUCCUUAGUCGCCACAUCUGCAGCUGGCACACCCUUUCUCUAAGUACCCCAGACAAAAUAACCACCCCUGCAUGUGAUUAUUUUACGUUUGCUCCUAGACGACAUAGAAAGUUCUACUACCCACAUCAUACCUCUUCUUUCCUCUCUGCCUCCAGCAGCAGAACAAUCACACUGCUCGCAUAAAUAAAGCCGGACAAAAGUAGCUUGAGAAAAAUCAUGGCCGCCCAACCAGAAUCUUCCUCGUCUGCUGCAGGGGCAACAUUAACCUCGCCGCCGGUUCUGGCGCCGACGCUUUUGCAGGACCACGGUGCAGCGGCACAGGAGAACAACAUCAACUCGAGCAAGCAAGUCUCGAAGAUUCUGGAUUCGAUUCCUGAGAAGGAGUAUCAAAUGUAAAUAUGUCUGGGUCUGGAAGAUUGCCAGUUUUGUCAUGCACAUUUUGCAUGACUCCUGAUGUCUGUGAUGCAUGCCCCAGCAUCACAGAUUUUGUGAGGGCUUCCUGAUGCCUAUACCGCAUGACAAAUGCUCUUUCCGUGUAGCAAAACUUGGACUCUCUUUGCUGCUCAUGCAAUACAGAUUUUUUUAGAAUCCAAAAUCAGCAUGACAAGUUGGAUCCUUCCAGACCCAGACAUUUUUACAGUUGAUAAGGAGCCGGAGAAGCAGUACAACAUUCCGGGGACGUAUGGAGAGAAAAAAGUUUGUCACAGUCACUAACUUGCAGGUUUUGCAUUACAAAUUUUCUUAGCGUCACAAAUUUUCCUUGUAUUGCAGAAACACUAGGGAAAUCCCUAAUAAAGUUCGGCUGUGAUGCAUUUUUACGCAUGACAAACGCAUUUGUAUUGCAAAAAUGCGCAUCAGUGAUCGUGACGAACUUUUUUUCUUUGAUAGGACGAAGCAGGAGAAAGAUUUUUUCCCGAAAAAUUUCCAUCCCCGCCGAUGUUUUUCCCAGGAAGACACCGCACGGUACCGCUGCAAGGACAGCAACUUUCCCUCCGCCUGGGCCGAGUACCAAGUGGGCGAGUUUUUCCGGCUGAAAAAGCCGCGGCAGGAGCAGGAGAUUCUGUACUGGUACAAGAAGACGGACGUGCUCCGCGUGAAACUCCCCGCCCACGUGUUUCACCUCCCGGCGCGAGUGGCGGACGACGUGAAACCGACCACGACGGAGCGACUGAAGAAUGAGAAAAAGAUCCAGGACCUGAAGCGCGUCUUGUACUCGAUGAACCGAGCACACCAGUCGCAGAUUGGCUCCAGUGCAAAGCGGUCCAUGUCCAUGACGAGCACGGCUUCCAUGGCGGCCAGUACGGCACCCAGUACGAGCCACGGGAAAGUUAUGGUAUCUACUUACAGUACACAUGUAGUACACAACGUAGAAAAAUAGAAAUCAAUUUUUUUCAUCCUCCUAGUUCGUGGUGUUAUGCAGAUGCAAAUGCGAGUUCAACAUAUUUCCAUGAUGAUGAUCAUGAAGGGAAUCACUCCACCACUUCUACUACACAGACCGGUGCGGCAACGCCGAUGAUGACGACCGGAGAGUCGUUUUUAUGAACUGCAAAAGUAUCGUACUCGUAUAAAUGCAUUACAGAUUUGCUCAGCAUGAGAAAUAAAAUUUGUAAUGCUGAUUUGCCUUGACAAAGAAAUUUGUAAUGCAAGACCUGCAUUUAUACGAGUAAGAUACUUUUGCACAGCAUAGUUUUACAACAAAAACAAGUCCGUACCCUCCACUAGUCCGAACUCCACGCAGCUACAAAAUGCGGGCAGCCCGCCCACGUUCCUGCCCAAGAUCAUGUUCGACCAGGCGGUGCAAAAUUCCACACUGAAUCCCGCCGAUUUCCCGUUGUCGAGCCCGGGCCGGGAACAGGCGCCCUUUAUGGAACUGGAGACGGUGGAGGUGCCGGAGCGGUUGCGGGAAGAGAAAAUCCCGAACGUGGCCGAAGUGUCGGGGCCCCAGUACUACCAAAUGUAAAAAUGUCUGGGUCUGGAAACUUGUGAUGCUGGGUCGCGUCUCAUGAUGAGGCCACAAGUGCUGGCUCAGCAUGACAAGUUUCUGAGCUUCUAGGUGUUGCCUAUUCUGCAUGACAAACUGCGUUUCUGCAUCACAGAAAAAUGGAGCUCUUGGGUAACGUGCAUGACAGAUUUAAAGAGUCAUGCCAGACAAGCAUGACAAACAUGAAUUCUUCCAGACCCAGACACUUUUACAGUUGAUAAGUACGCGAGGAACUGCAUCUCCAUGGGAAUCCACCACGACAACAUCAAGGACUACAGGAAAGCCAUUCCAUACUACGACAAGUUUCUGAAGGUAAGUAAGUACGUCGACGAGAUAGGUCUUUGCUUUACCGCAUUUCUGUUGUUAUUUUUUGAUAAGUGAGCGUGCCUAUUGGUAUUGUCAAAGUAUCUAGUUCCAUACCCUUAGCGCGACAUCGUUACAACUUAAUGCGCAAAACCAAAAACUACAAUACAGCUGUGCAUGCGGGCGCGGGACAAGCAGGGCAUUGCCAUGGCGUACCACUGCAUGGCGAUUGACUACCAACUCUGCGCGCUGGAGGAAAACAUCACCGAGCAGCAGCGGCAAUCGGACUUUGAGAACGCCAUCCGAAUGCACGUGAAGCACCGGAACCACGCGGACCUGGUGGGCCGGUUCGUGUCCCACGUAAACCUCGGGAUUUGCUUUGGGCACCUGAACGAUAGGGAAGCAUCCACUUUGAACCACCAAGUGGCGUUUCAGCUCGCGCAGUAUUUGCACAGCAAGGACGCGAAGCGACUGUCCGCAAGGAAUAUCGCCUUCGACGCACAGCUGUUGAAUGGCCCCCUGACGAGCGGCACGGUCCGAGCGCGGUUCCAACUUCUCGUGCACGUAUUGCAGGAACACUACAGCAACGUGGGACAAAGCGUCACGGAUGUGGUACUGAUUAUUCUUGUUUCUUUUCGCUGCGUAAUCUUUUGUAACACUUGGUUCUUUUCGCUUUGUGUGUAAUACUAAACAUAACUACGAACAUAAUCGCAUCUUCACAGGCCCCGGGUCCUGAGAAGCAGAAGCCGAAGCAUAUGCGUAAGCAUGGGGGUUUCUGUCCGCAGAACCACCGGCACCUCCGCGCGAGCCAGGCACUGAAGCAGAUUGGCGACUUGCACAAAGACACGAAUAAUUACGAGAACGCGAUCGUGUUUUACGACAAGGCGUUGACGCUGGCCUCCCGCAGCGGCGAACAGCAGGAGAAGAAAAAUACACUCACGGUGCAGCUCGCGCUCACCAAAGCGAAGUCCUUCGGUAUCAAAAUGAAAAAAGCCCCCACCCCAUAUCAAAUGGGAAAUCUGUGAUGCAGGAUUUGUGUACACAAAUGUGCACUGUCUUGCAAUACGGCAUCGCAGCCAGAUCCGCAGCCUACGGAGGGACUUUUGGGUCUAGGUCCUUAGCAUUACAAACGGCUGCCCUCUAGGCUCAACAGCAUGCCAAAGCGCUUCCAUAAUGGCGCGGAAGCCUCUGCAUUUGUCUUCUUGCAAGACAGACGUGAGUUGUGGUCUCAAAUCAGCAAGACAAAUUUUCGGAAACAUGCCUUUUCGAUAUGGGGAGGGGGGAUUUUUCCUCUCAAUAUUCGGGGAGGAAAAAUUUGUGGAGAAGAUGCUGGUGAAUGCCGAGAAGAAGGCACUUAUCCAGUGCAAAGAUGUCUUGGUCUGGAAGAAUGCAGAUGUUUGUAAUGCAGGUUUUGCAUAGUGGUCCAGAAGGUCUGGCAUGCAGGGAGUAGCAUCACAGAUUUUAUUACGAGAGCUUUGUGAAGAUCCCUACGCCUACUCUGCAUGAGAAAUCCCGUCUGAUGGUGGCCAAAAAUUUGCAGCUUUUGCAACUCAUGCAUGACAAGUUUUUGUGUGAGCGGCAGACAGCAUCACAAGUUUGCAUCCUUCCAGACCCAGACAUAGUUGCAGUGCAUAGCACUGCUGCUGAAGCAGCUGGAGCAAGAGGCGGAAUUGGACAGCAAGAUGCGGGCUACCACCACGGGGAGCGUCGGACUCGGAGGCACUUCUAGAAAUUAUAGCAGUGCAGCAGCGCCCAGAACUUCUGCGAUAUCCGGCCGACACAAGUCGACUAUUGAAACGGCCGCGGAAGCGUUUGAUGACGUGGAUCCAACCGAUAUGGGGGCCUUGAUUCUCAACCUAAACACCGGGGGGAAAAGGAAGUGAAAAGAGAAAUAUAUAAUACGUCGGUAGUUAGUAGAGCUGCAUAUUGAAAUUGAUUUUAUAGAAGUCGCAAGGCAUGUUGAUGCCUGUUUGCGUUACUACGACCUCUCUGUGUGUGGGGAGAACGCACUAUUUUUUUCUUAUCAAUUGUCCCGCCCUUUUUUCGUUGCACUUGUACCCACUCUGCUUCCCGAUUUAGAUGUGACAGUAAAAGCCUGCUCGUUUUUGCAGGCAACUGUUCACUAGCUACCCCACACCUAAAUUAAGAAACCUUCAUGUUACAAACGAACCGUGUUAGUAUUUUACUUUCUUGUUCGCUGCUGUAGCCGUGGCCCAAACGAACCAAAUUAACACGUACAUUCGAUACGGGAGCCAGACUGAAAUUGCCACUGCUUUUCGCUGUAAAUCUAGUUGGCAAGAAAGUUGUUUCUGUUUCCGUUUCUAUGUCCUUUUGUUGCAAUUUAUCAUCUCCUUCUAGGACUACGCAACUCACACGAUGAUCCAGGUACCCCGGGAUAAAAGUGUAGAGAAGCGUUGCUGUGGAAUUAUGAGCGGAAAUUUCAAUGGGAGAAGAAAGAUUUUUCACUGGACUGUAUAGUAAAUUUGGUUUCGGCGUGCCGUGGUCUGCUUGUCAUAUGAACUCACUAGUAUAGUACACGAGAAGUGCCCGUUGUGUGCACCUUCUCGCGCUUCUUGGACGUCAACGGCGGCAGGCUGGAGCAAUUAUUC